AUGGCAGAAGCCUCACCAUCUUCAGCAACAAUAUCUUCACCGACAUCAUCUAAUGACAAUGCCUCUAUGGAACAAACCGAUGACCAACCACCAUUUGGUUCUCAAACUAACUCGGGUCAAACUCUAGAUAGUGUCGUAGCAACAUUGAAAAUUAAAGAUACUUCCAAAGUCAUAGUACGGUUUGCAGCUAUAGGUAAUGCUCCCAUCCUCAAGCAAAGUUAUUAUAAAAUUACAGCAUCCAACAAGUUUCAAACAGUAAUUCAGUUUCUUCGAAAAGAACUCAAAUACCAUGGUAGUGAUCCUUUGUUCCUUUAUAUCAACAGUGCAUUUUCUCCUUCUCCAGACGAAACUGUUUCCAAUCUUUACAAAUGUUUUGGCACUGGAGGACACUUAAUUAUCAAUUAUUGUACAACUGCCGCAUGGGGAUGA